GCGGGGCGGCGGCGGGAGUCGCCGGGCGCCGCCUGUCCGCCGUCCUCCUGCGCGCCCCGCUCCCCGCGCCCGCCGCGUCCCGGGGCCCCGCGAGGGACGGCAACUUCCCCGCAAAGUUGGGGAAACUCGCUCGGCUCCGGGGCGGCCGGCCACGUCGGGGCUCGCCCGGGAGCGGCCAGCGGGCAGCGGGCGGCGGGCAGCGGGCAUCCCCCGGCCGCGGCGGCGGGGGCGGCGGCGGGGUCGCUCCCGGGCCGGCGCGCUCUGCUCGGGGCCGCCCGCCGCCGCCGCCCGCGCGGGCCAGCGGGGCGCACCCCGCUCCUGCCGCGGCCCCCGUCGCCCGCUCUCUCCCCUUCGCGGGAGAGGGAAAAGUUGAGUCGCGAGUGCACGAAUCGCCAGCUCCUGUUCUCCGCCGCCUCCGCCGCUGGCUUCUCUUUUUUCUUUUUCUUUUUUUCUUUUUAAAGCGGUGGGUGUCAACGUUUUGUUUUUUUAUUUUUUAGUUUUUAUUUUUUUCGGUGUUUUGUUUUUCCGCUCGGCACCUUCGCCUUGCCGGGUGCCGGCGGCGGCUGACCCGCGGAGUGGCGCGGACCUCAUGGUGAAAUGACGGCGAUGGAAGGGGCCAGCGGCUCGAGUUUCGGAAUAGACACGAUCCUGUCCGGCGCCGCUUCGGGCAGCCCCGGCGUGAUGAACGGAGAUUUCCGCUCCCUCGGAGAGGCGAGGGGCACGGAUUUUCGGAGCCAGGCCACCCCCUCCCCCUGCUCGGAGAUCGACACCGUGGGCACGGCGCCCUCGUCCCCCAUCUCGGUCACCUUGGAGGCCCCGGAGCCGCACCUCGGGACGGACGGCCCGCACCACCACCACCUGCACCACGGCCACCCGCCGCCGCCGGCCGCGGCCCCCGCGCAGAGCCUGCAGCCUUCGCCUCCGCAGCCGCCGCCCGCGGCUCAGCAGCUGGGCUCGGCCGCCUCGGCCCCCCGGACUUCCACCUCCUCCUUUCUGAUUAAGGACAUCUUGGGGGACAGCAAACCGCUGGCGGCCUGCGCGCCCUACAGCACCAGCGUCUCCUCUCCCCACCACACGCCGAAGCAGGAGGGUGCCGCGGCGCACGACAGCUUCCGGCCGAAGCUGGAGCAGGAGGACAGCAAGAGCAAGCUGGACAAGAGGGAGGACUCCCAGGGCGACAUCAAAUGCCACGGAACAAAGGAGGAAGGAGACCGGGAGAUUACAAGUAGCCGGGAGAGUCCUCCCGUGAGAGCCAAGAAGCCUCGGAAGGCCAGGACGGCCUUCUCAGACCACCAGCUCAACCAGCUGGAGCGUAGCUUUGAGCGGCAGAAGUACCUCAGUGUCCAGGACCGAAUGGACCUGGCCGCUGCCCUGAACCUCACUGACACCCAAGUCAAGACCUGGUACCAGAACCGCAGAACCAAGUGGAAGCGGCAGACGGCGGUGGGCCUGGAGCUGCUGGCCGAGGCCGGGAACUACUCCGCGCUGCAGAGGAUGCUCCCGUCGCCCUACUUCUACCACCCCAGCCUGCUGGGCGGCAUGGACAGCGCGGCGGCGGCGGCGGCCGCGGCCAUGUACAGCAGCAUGUACCGGACUCCGCCGGCCCCGCACCCGCAGCUGCAGCGGCCGCUCGUGCCCCGCGUGCUCAUCCACGGCCUGGGGCCCGGGGGGCAGCCGGCCCUCAACCCUCUGUCCAACCCCCUCCCCGGCACCCCGCACCCCCGGUGAGGAAGGGGGACGGCGCCCGGGCCGCCCCGCACCCGGCCAGCAGCCACGGAGGCCGAGGACGAAAGGGGAGUCCUGGGGUCCCCCAGGACCAGCGAGCCCCCUGCGCUUCAUCUGCCCGCCUCAGAGGCACGGCUGCAAAGCCCCCCACCAGUGAGACUGGCCAAAAUACUGACGCCACUGAAAGCGUAACCAGUAAGUCGAAAACAUCCACAAAACCAACUCUCACAAACCGACUUUAGGGAUGAGCGGAGGGGAGGGCGGGGGAGGGCCGAGAGGGGCGAGAGACGGGCGGGGUGGAGAGGAACCUUCUGGCAAAGAAGGGAUGCUGGACCGACAGCCCGAAGUUCACCCCCAGCAGAAGGUCCGCCUGGACAUCCGGUCUGCCUCGGAGCAGCGGAGCGUGACGGAGAACUUUGCACUGAUUUCUCAUGAGCUUUUUUUCUUUUGGAAAAGUGGCAUGCUACAUAAUAUGAAAAAAAAUGUACAUUUGAAAGACUGAGUGAUAAGCGAUAUAUCAUAUUUAUUAUAUGUUGCCCAAGAGAGAGUCACUUAUAUACGUCAGUAAGAACAUGAUUCUUCUUUUCAUGUCUUUUUGAUUCAGUAAAAUAAAUGCUUAGACAAAAGUAUAGAUUUUUUUGUGAUUGAAAAUUACAAAAAUAAAGUUUAUCUUUUUUUA